AUGGUGAGCUCGCAACCAGAACAGCUCGAAACCGCGCAAAUUUCUCUGCCAGAAGAGCUGCGCGCCACCACCCGACAUAGACACCAUGCUUUGAACGCGCAGAUCAUCCAGCGGCUGCCGUUGUCUCUCCCGCCAAAUGCAGACAGCCCACUCGCUUAUGCCAAAGGCAUUAUAGUCUUUGGUCAGAUAUACUUCGCCUUCGAGAACUUUUUAGAGACACAACUGGCUUCUGGUCAGUUGGAUCAGCGACUGCUUCACAUCUACGAAUGCGUGCGCUUUCCCUGGCUGCUAAGGUCCGGCCGGCUACAAAAUGACAUCGAUACCCUGGAAUCACAGCUCCUUCAGUCUCAAAUGGAGGAACUUGAAGCCCUGGUAGAGGAGUCGAGAGGCUUUCGUCUGCAGAUUGAAAGUUCAUUGUCGGCAAAACCACACGUCCUGCUGGCCUAUACCUGGACGAUGUACCUUGCUCUUUUCAACGGUGGUCGCUGGAUUCGAGGGCAGCUUGUCUCUGCAGGCCCAGAGUUUUGGCGCGCAGGUACGCUCCCGUUAUCCUUUUGGGAUUUUCAAGGCGAAGAGGACGUGAACGUCGAUGAGCCACUCAAAGAGGAAUUCAAGAAAGGAUUUCGGGAAGCAGCCUCCUCUCUAACAGAAAAUGAAAAGAGAAAUGUUGUUGAGGAGACUCUGGAUUUGUUCGAUUUUUUCCGAAAGGCUGCCAUCACUCCUCGCUUCUUCGCAGCUCAGUAA